UCAAUUUACUAUUUUACUAUCUAAAUUUUCCUACAAGAUUAUCUCAUUUAUCAGGAAAUUACAAUGGCAUCCGCUUCUAAUAACGGGGGUGAAGAAGGCUACUUUCCAAUUGAUGCAAAGUUGUACCAACUUCUGGUUACUGGAAAUGUGUCCGACUUUAGCAUAGCCAUGACAAAUUUACGAAUCGACCAUGGCCUGAUGAAGCUUAGGUGUGCAAGAGACAGGAGCAGUAUCCUGCAUAUUGCAGCCAGCUUUGGUCAGGUUCAUCUUGUGAAUCUCAUUCUUAAUAAAUGUCCACAAUUGAUGGUUAUGGGGAAUUCUUUUGGAGAUCUUCCCAUUCACUCUGCCAUCAAAAAUGGCAGAUUAAACACUACUGUCCAGGCCAUGAUUAACUGGCUAAAGGAAAACAAUGAAGUAUUAGGGUGUAUUAAUGAGGAAGGGAAUACACCACUCCACUGUUUCCUGGAGUUAUAUGACGUUGAAGAUUACCAGACUGUGGUGGAUUUGGUUGAGUUGUAUCCUUGUGCAUCCUAUGCAAUGAAUAAACAAGGGAUUUGUCCCUUGCUCUUGGCUAUCAAGAGGGAGAUUCCUCCUUUGGUUAAGCGCAUGCUAGACCUGAUGCAGCCCUUCAAUGAAGAUGCAUUUAAAUGUUUAAUGGAAGGUCAGUCUGUACUACAUGCUGCUGUUGCCGCUACUACUUCGGAACUAUUGGAGCUUUGUUAUAAUGUGAAGUUAGCUAAUUUGAUGCACGACGGACGGUCAGCCUUGUCUUAUGCAGCAUCUAUGAAUUACUUGGAGAAAGUUGAGAUUUUGAUCCGCUAUGAUCCAAGUAGUGCAUUCAUAAGCAACGAGGAUAAAACUUUUCCGAUUCAUGUGGCUGUGCUUGGUGGCCAUACUAGUAUCGUGGAUUUGCUAACAAAUUCAAGGUUCUUGCUUAACGCAAAAGGUCAAAAUAUUUUUCAUUUGGCAGCUCUCUCUGGCGACUCUUAUAUGGUCUCUCAUUUGAUACUUAAUAUAUCAGAUGUGGAAUUUUUAAUCAAUCAAAAAGACGUUGAUGGGAACACUCCUUUACAUUUGGCUUCUCGAGAUCAACAAAUUGAGGUGGUUGAGAUUCUAAUCCAGAAUGAAAAUGUCAACGGUGGGUUAGUAAAUAAGCAAGGGUUAACAGCAUAUGAUUUAGCCAAGAAUAAGUUAACAACUCUAAACAAUGCAGACAAAGAGAUGGUACAGAGACAGAACUUUAUGUUCAAAAGGGCAGCAAUGGGGCUUAAGUUUUCAAUAUCUCCCAUUGACGAAGAUUUGUAUCAAUCCCUUCUACGUGGUGAUAUGGAUCAAGUUGAUGAAAAUAUUUCUACAAGAGGGAUUCAAUUCAAAGACCUUGGAUACCCAACAAAUGGCGAUACAAUUCUGCAUAUAUUAGCUAGUAUGGGAAAACACCAACUUUUAGAACAAGUGCUUCAUCCUAAUCGCGGAUGUGGAGACCUAAGGGAGCAAGCUAACUACAAUGGGGACCUUCCAAUUCACUUAGCAGCCAAGGCUGGAAAUUUAAAGACCGUGCAAGCUCUUUUUAUAUGGCCAGAUAAUCGUGAAGUCAAUACUCGCAUAUGUCUAAAGCAAAAUAUGGAAGGAGACACAGCACUUCAUGUUGUUGUGCAAAAUAAUCAUAGGGAAGUGGCUAAAUACUUAUAUAAUUAUUGUCCGGAUGCAGCCUAUUACCUGAAUAAAAACAAAAUUUGCCCAUUGUUUCUGGCGAUAAAGAAUUGGUAUGAAGAGAUCGAUAUGGUCAACCCUAUGAUCCGAGGACUUCAGAAUAACAUGCAAUAUAUUAAAACCGACUCAAUGGACAUGAAAUCAAUCAUUCAUAUAGCAAUUGCGACAAGGAAAAUUGACGUCUUGAAGAGUUUAAUCGACAACGCUGGAAAUUUAUUCAAGCAUAGUUUUGAUGAUGAAGGUAGAAAUCCCAUGUCUUAUGCAAUAGUUAUUGGUUAUAUUGAGGGGGUUCGACUAUUACUUGAUAAUUUUCCAGCAUUAGAAUUUAAACGUGACCAAGAUGAGAAAGGAUCCUUUCCCAUUCACCACGCAGCCAAAAGUGGUCAUAUUAAAAUCAUUAAAAUGCUUAAUCUAAGCAUAUGUUUGCUAAAUAAUAAGCAACAAAACAUUCUCCAUGUGGCUGCCGAAGCUGGAAAUUUUAAUGUGGUAAAUUAUUUAUUAAAAAGACAAGAUUGUUUUGAAGAGCUACUUAAUACUGGAGAUACAGAUGGUAACACUCCGUUACAUUUGGCUGCCAAAGGUUUUUGGACAAACACUAUGCUAUGCUUGAUGUGGAAAACACAAAUCGACUGCAAUUCAAUAAACAAAGAAUUGCGCACAGCUAGAGAUGAAUUUAAAAUGAGUUUGCAGUAUUCGACUGCAGAUGAAGCAUUACAAGUGCAGUUCAAUUUCGUGGAAACGUUAUUUCGGAUAAAAGGCGGUCUAAUAAGAUAUAAUUUCCGAGGAAAAGGAGGUAAAGAAUGCAAUGGAAAUGAGGUAAAAAAAGAGGAGGGGAAGCAGGCAAAUGUGAAGACUCCAUCCUGGAGUGAAAGUUCGAGUGUCAACAUUCUUUUAGUGGUAGCGACGCUCAUAGUGAGUGUGACUUAUACCACCACAUUCAACCCUCCUGGUGGUUACAACCAAAACACUGGCUUACCGUCUUUGAUUUCUUCCAAAGUUUUUCGUUCCUUUAUGAUUCUGAAUUAUGGUGCGUAUUUAUAUGCACUUUUAUCCGCUAUGCUGCUCAUUGUGACCCCGAUACCGUUGUUCUCUGGUUAUGUCAAGUGGCUGAAAGGCAGCUCCAUAUUUUUUAUUUUCUGCGGCCUCGCACAAAUAAGUUUCGGAUACACAAGGGGCUUCACUUUGAUUACAACACACUCAUCUGAUAAGGCAAAGUAUUGUUCUGUGCUUCCUUUGUUUGAUGUGGUGCUGUGUAUGUUUGUUGUGGUGCUGUGUUCUGUUGGUGAUGUGUUUGAUGAUCAGUUCAAAAUCAUCCUCAAACACAAUUCAAACACAUUUGCACCACAAGAUCAGUUCAUUGCUGUUUCAAACACCUUGUUGCACAACAUCAACAUCAACACCUUGUUUCAAACACAUUUUCUGAUUAUGGCCAAUAUUGAUUCAAUUUGUUGA